GUGUGUGCAUUUAAUUUUACACGUGGAGACUAGACGGGAAGUUACGAAGGACGUAAAGCGGCACAAAGUGAGGGGAUUUUUGGACAGAUAAUUUCAACAUUUACCCAAAGUAAAUGCCUUGUGAAACGUACAGAAUGGAUGAGGAUUCCAUUCAAGAUGUUGGAACUGGUGUUGAGAAGAAGAAGUUGAAAAUUAAGAAGUCUAAAAAGCAGAAGAAAGAGCAGCCUGCUGGUGAAGAAACGGAUGCAGUCGUCCAAAACGGCCACACUUCUGCUGCCAGCAGUCCUGAAGCUGUCACCAAAGACAAGAAGAAAAGUAAGAAAAGAAAGCAGGACUCAGACGAAGGAGGAGAGGAUGUGGCUAAUGUUAUUGUUAAGAAGAAAUCCAAGAAGGUUGCCAAGACUGAGGCCAAAACGGAGAAACCGGAAGAACCGGAGAUGUCAAAAGAGGAGAAGGAUGGUGCAUUUGAAAACUUCCGCGUCUCUGCCAAGACAAUUCAGAUUCUCAAAGCCCGUAAGAUCACCUACCUGUUUCCUAUCCAAGCAAAGACUUUCAACGAUGUUUACGACGGUCAUGAUGUAAUAGCUCAAGCGCGAACCGGAACUGGCAAGACUUUAUCCUUUGUCCUUCCACUCAACGAGAAACUUAAGGACAUACCUCGUAAGAGUGGACGUCCUCCAACUGUCAUGGCCCUCGCACCUACCAGGGAACUAGCCAAACAGGUGUGUGAGGAGUUUGAGGCAGUGAGCCCAUCGUUGACGACAUGUUGCAUCUACGGUGGUGUGGCGUACUGGCCACAAGAGUCUGCUAUCCGUAAAGGCAUCGAUGUCUUAGUCGGGACUCCAGGGCGCGUCUUGGACUACGUCAGAAAGCGUACCCUUAAUCUGUCCCAGCUGAAGCACGUCGUGUUGGAUGAAGUGGAUCGUAUGCUUGAUAUGGGAUUCACUGAGUCUGUAGAAGAGAUCCUUUCAGCGGCUUAUAACAAAGUAAAGCCAGCUGACGGCAAGACAGCGGACGGCAAGCCAGCCGUAGGAGCCUCCGCUGAGACCCCGGAGCAACUUGGCAACCCCCAGACACUGCUCUUCUCAGCCACAGUCCCUGACUGGGUUCAUAAAACGGCUCGCAAGUACAUGAGGACCGACUUGAGGAAGCACGAUCUGGUCGGGUCGCGGACAGACAAGACGGCUACAAACGUCAAGCAUCUUGCAAUCUGCGUCAACUACAAAGACCGCCCAUGUCUGAUCAGCGAUGUGAUCCGAAUCUACAGCGGAAUCAACGGCCGCAUUAUGGUCUUCUGCGAGACUAAAGCUGAAGCCAAUGAACUAUCAAUGAACCCAGCGAUGAAGGUCGAUGCUCAAGUCUUGCAUGGUGAUAUUGCGCAAAAUCAACGAGAGAUUACACUCAAGAGAUUUCGUGAGGGGAAUUUUCAGUGUCUCGUCUCAACGGAUGUUGCUGCGAGAGGGCUGGAUGUUCCAGAAGUUGAUUUGGUGAUCCAGUGCUGUCCACCACGGGAUGUUGAUUCGUACAUUCAUCGAUCGGGACGGACGGGCAGAGCUGGACGAUCUGGAAUUUGUAUCUGUUUGUACAAACCAAACGAAGAGAGUGAACUCAGAAGAGUUGAAACUCAGUCUGGAAUGAAGUUCACCAAGACAAUUCCACCUCAACCGGCUGACAUCAUCACGGCAAAUUCCAAGGAGGCGGCGAAAGUGUUGGACGCAGUACCAGCCGGAGUCGUUAAAUACUUCAAUGUUGCAGCCCAAGAGAUCUUGAAGGAGAAGACACCCGAGGAGGCUCUAGCUGCCGCUCUCGCACAUAUCUCUGGAGCUACUCUACUCAAGACGAGGUCGCUGAUCAAUUCUCAACAGGGUGUGAUUACCUACAUGCUAAAGACAAACUAUCAGAUGUAUAACGGAGGAGACGUCCUCAAAGCCUUAGGGUUCCACGUCUCCCAAGAUGUCAAGAAUGAAAUUCGCGAUGUGCGAGUCUGCAAAGACAGAGUGUCCGCUGCAAUGGAUGUGCCACAACAUCUUGAGAACAAACUCCUGAAACAAUGGCAGGAUUCUCCAGACUGUACGUUAAGUCCGGCAACGGAGCUUCCCGAUCUGGUACCGGCCUCAGGAUCUUACGGAGGCGGCGGUGGUGGUAGACGGUAUGGAGGAGGAGGAGGAGGUUGGGGUAGACAGGGAAGGAGUGGUGGUGGUGGUGGGGGUGCACGAUGGGGAGGCGGCGGUAGAAGUGGUGGUGGUGGUGGUAGAGGCGGUGGUGGGAGAGGUAGGGGCGGAAGGAGAUGGUAGAAGAUGGUCAACUGAUAACAGGGCCCAAUUUUUAUAAAGCUUGUAAGCAGAAAGUUCUGCUAAGCAAAUUUCUUGGCUAUUGGCAAGAAAU